GGACAACAUGGCGACGUGCGUUGGAUGCUAGACUGCCGGCGGAACUUUCUCUCCCACGCAGCAAGGUUGCUGGUGCUGUGCAGAGAUAUGGACAUGGGGUUCAAGGUAACAAGAUUUUGCUGGGAACACAAGCAGUCGUCGUUAGCCAUGAAAGAUACAUCCUUGCCAUACAGCAACUGGACGGAGGAGGAAAAGCGACAGCGUCUGGAGCAGCUGAGUUACGACACUUUCCUGCUUCUCCUGCCUACCGUCUUCUUUCUUGUGGUGCUGAUGGUCAUCGGUUUGCCCGGCAACCUGCUGGUCAUCUUCGUCUACUUCAAACAAUUCCCGCCAAGCGCCACGCGGGUCUUCGUGCUGGCCUUGGCGUUCUGUGACCUGAGCAUCAAUGUCUUCGGCUUUCCGCGUCAUAUUAUCUUGAUGCGAUAUAGCUACUGCUCGCAGGGUGUGACAUACUGCCGCCUGGUGGGGCCCGUAGCGGUCUUCCCCAUCCUCUUGUCCUACUGGCUGCUGGUGUGCGUGGCCCUCGAACGCCGACACCGUAUCUGCAACCCUCUAGGCCAUCAUCUGGAUCCAUCGCACGCCAUUGCCCUGUUAGUGGUCCCCUUUACCCUAACAACGCUGGUUCUUUUCCCUUUCUUAGGAUUUCAGGAAGAGGGUACCUUUGACAUUGGCAUACCUGGCUUACAGGGGAUCCAGUGCACGUUUCCGACCAUCACCAACGGCACUGACGUCAAUAAAGUCUACGGUUUCUUACUUAUCUUCUCCUUCGCCAGCAUCUUGACGUUGUUGAUCUUAUGCUACUUGAAUAUUUUGUUGGUGGUGUUGAGGCAGAGAGAACAGCAUGGGCGAUCUGGUGCCAAUCAACCUUUAGCCCAACCGAUUUCACGGGACUCCUCUACAGGGGAUUCAGCACCAACCAGUACGCAUGAACAAACAGAUCUUACCACGUCUACAGCUCUGAAGGCCACUGUCCCAGGCACUGAGGCCACUGCAGUCACAUCUGUCUCUAAAAAUAACAACAGCAGCUUUAGUCAGGUGCAAAAGCAACAAUCUCCAACUUUUGUAGUCACAGCGGCGGAAGAACCACCGAUGUCGUCUAGUAGCAUUCAGACUGACCAAACGCGUGUAGGACAACUCAAUUCAGGAACAGUAACUUUUGCAACUUCGAGAGCAGAAGACAGUAUUUCGAGUCAGCGACAGAUUGAGUCUGAGCAGCCACAGCAGCAUGUCAAGCAGCAUGAUUAUAGGGGGCUUUCGAAGACCACUCUCAUGAUGCUUGUGCUCACCGGUGCUACCGUCAUCUGCUGCGUCCCUUACUUCUAUAUGGAGCUCUCACGAUAUAGCUACGUGGGUCAUGGUCUCAGCCCUUUCACGAUUAACAUUCGCUUCCUUGCUCGGGUGUUCCCCAGCGUCAACAGUGUCAUCAAUCCUUUUAUUUACAACUUUUUUAAUCCCCGAUUUCAAGUGGAAAGCCAACGAUUUAUAACAAAAAUGAAAAACUACUUGUUUCAGGAUUUCUAAAAACUUUUCUUAAAUUAAAUCACACAAUAAAUGAACUCUGAACCUGUA